AGUGCCAGGCGGGAGGCGGCAGCGGUUGGAAGGCUUCGCGGGGCUUUGCAGCUGGGACUUCGGCGGCGCCUCAGGCACCCGGGCUCUGACACGAUGCGGCGAGUGGUACGACAGAGCAAGUUCCGGCACGUCUUUGGACAGGCAGUGAAGAAUGACCAGUGCUACGAUGACAUCCGCGUCUCCCGAGUCACCUGGGACAGCUCCUUUUGUGCUGUCAACCCCAGAUUCGUGGCCAUCAUCAUAGAAGCGAGUGGGGGAGGGGCCUUCCUGGUGCUCCCUCUGCACAAGACGGGACGAAUUGACAAAUCCUACCCUACAGUGUGUGGCCACACAGGACCAGUGCUGGACAUAGACUGGUGCCCACACAACGACCAGGUCAUCGCCAGCGGCUCAGAGGACUGCACUGUGAUGGUUUGGCAGAUCCCGGAAAAUGGACUGACCCUUUCCCUGACUGAACCUGUGGUGAUUUUAGAAGGUCACUCAAAAAGAGUUGGCAUCGUGGCCUGGCAUCCGACGGCCCGCAAUGUGCUUCUCAGUGCAGGCUGUGAUAAUGCCAUUAUCAUCUGGAACGUGGGGACAGGGGAGGCCCUCAUCAACUUGGACGACAUGCAUUCAGACAUGAUUUACAACGUGAGCUGGAGCCGCAAUGGCAGUCUCAUCUGCACAGCGUCCAAAGACAAGAAAGUGAGGGUCAUCGAUCCCAGGAGACAGGAGAUCGUAGCGGAAAAGGAGAAAGCACACGAAGGAGCCAGGCCCAUGCGCGCCAUCUUCCUGGCCGACGGCAAUGUCUUCACUACUGGUUUUAGCCGUAUGAGCGAGCGGCAGUUGGCACUCUGGAACCCAAAAAACAUGCAGGAACCAAUUGCUCUUCAUGAAAUGGACACUAGCAAUGGGGUGCUGCUCCCUUUCUACGACCCGGACACCAGCAUCAUUUACUUAUGUGGGAAGGGUGACAGCAGUAUCCGCUACUUUGAAAUCACGGAUGAGUCCCCAUACGUGCACUACCUCAACACCUUCAGCAGCAAGGAGCCUCAGCGAGGGAUGGGCUACAUGCCCAAGCGGGGGCUUGACGUCAACAAGUGUGAGAUCGCCAGAUUCUUCAAGCUUCACGAGAGAAAGUGUGAACCUAUUAUCAUGACAGUCCCCAGGAAGUCUGACCUCUUCCAAGAUGACCUGUACCCUGACACAGCGGGGCCGGAAGCAGCACUUGAGGCAGAGGAGUGGUUUGAGGGGAAAAACGCAGACCCCAUCCUCAUCUCCUUGAAGCAUGGGUACAUUCCAGGCAAGAACAGGGAUCUCAAGGUCGUCAAGAAGAACAUUCUGGACAGCAAGCCAGCUGCAAACAAGAAGAGUGAUCUCAUCUGUGCCCCUAAGAAGACCACAGACACAGCCAGUGUGCAAAAUGAAGCCAAGCUGGAUGAGAUUUUAAAAGAGAUCAAAUCCAUAAAGGACACAAUCUGCAAUCAAGACGAGCGCAUUUCAAAGCUAGAACAGCAGCUGGCCAAGAUGGCUGCCUGAGGUCGCCACCCCCACAGCCGGCAGGGCAGCUGCUCACUGGCUUGCUCCAAGGGAGGGCAGAAGGGAGACACUGCCAUUGGAGACAUUCCAUUUCAGAUCUGUCAGCCAGCGAUAGGCCACAUUCCAGUAAGAACUCCAUUCCUCUCUCAAAUUUCCCAAAACAUGGAAGCCAAGCUUUUCACGGGGGCUGUUGGUGUUUGGCAGGUCUGGUGACUUGCCGAGCUUCACCGCGUCGGAAAUGCCGGGUACUCUGAAUCUUAGAAAGCAACCCUCCCCACCCAGCGUCCCCCCCACCCAGCGUCCCCCACCUGACCAGCCCGAGGCCGCCUCUGCCUGCCUCUUCCUUUCUAACGUUGCCAAACCAGAAGUCGCUCUUCUCCUUUGUAUUUUGCUACUUUGCAGUAUUCGUGUGUUUUUUUUUUCUUCUCCUCAAUUCAAAAGGGACAGCACUGUGUACGUUUAUAACUAAAUGAAGAUGAGAUGAUUAUUUUGUAUAAACUCACGAGAACAAUCAGCACAGCCACACAGGGCUGGCUCACAGCACAAACCUGGGCGUCUAAGCCUGUCCAGAGGAAGACUUGAGAAAUCACGUGGACCCACACACUGCCCUCAUCCCGCUGAGUCUUUGAUCAAAAGUUCAUGCCCCCUCCCCUCCCCUCCCUCUCUCUCUCUUUCUCUCUCUCUCUUUACUACAAGUUGGGUGGUUGCACAGACAGGACUCAGCUCCUUGAUUGACGCUGUGCCUCGGUGAUUAUACUCUAACCCAAACGAGCUUGCGUCUCUGCAGUUUUGUUCUCCACAGACGGUUGCCCGUCCCUUCCAGCAGUGUGGGUCACUUCCGGGCUGUUUUGGACAAGGGCACACAAGGCGACCAGAUAUCCGUGUGUUGAGAGUCCUUGUCCACCAAGGUAGCUCACCUGGCCCUUGGGUCUAGUAUGGGGCUUGAACCCAGGCACUUUGUGCACAGCCUCUGCCCCAGGCGCCAUUUCCCUUGCUCUGGUCGUCCCUCCCUCCUAUGCUGCCUCCUGUCUCAGGCGCCCAGUCAGUCCUCAAGGGCUCUUGAAUGUUACAGCCGAGGGAAAGGUCCAGAACAAAGUAGAGAGGGAAGUCCAGAGAGGGCCGUGGCUGGUCAUGCACAGGCCCUCUGCCACCCACCCACAUGAGGUCAGUGUCAGAGUGGUCCUGACUGCAGCACAGCAGUUCCCUGGCCGUGGCUGGUCGAGGGCAGCUGGAGCCCAGCCCUAACUUCAGUCUCAUGUUGCAUGUCUGUGACAGCAGGCAACCUGGGUAGUGAUCGUGAAAGGCAAGCCUUGGCAGGCGUUGGUGCCAGUGUGGGCACAGUGCUGGCACAGCAGUGCACAGGUCAUCAGGACAGAGGCAGAGCAGCAGAGCGUGCAGCGCAUGCUCAGAGCCUGCACUGACUGAGCUCUGUCGGAAGAGAAGCUCUGAGAAGACACCUAGGUGGGUUGCAGGCUCCGAGGGUUUCUGUGUCCAUCUUGUGUUUUAGUGUUGGGUGGUGAGACGUAGAGAAGACUGGGAACACUGGCGUUGUCUGUAUGCAGGGAGUGCUGAGGACCUGUGUCACGAUUCACAAAUGUUCUGGGGUCAGUUGAAUUAAUUAGGUAAACAAUUGUAGAGGCUGGUGAUGCAGCCAGAGGCGAUGUGGUUCAGAGAGGAAGGAGUGACUGUAGUGUGUGCCAGGCUGAGUAGGCACCUGACACGCUGUGGUGGCUUCUGUUCCCCUGUUUUGUCUUAAAGCCGUGGCACCGGAGGAGGACAGUGUACUGCUCCUACGCCCACUCUUAUAGAGUGGCCAUAGUGUUCUGUCAAACACUCGCUUCCGUUUUCAGAGAUAAAAGACAUUGAUUACAA